AUGCCUCCACGAAACAACCCCCUCCCCGCCGCCGUGCGCCUCUUCAACUGCACAAUAUGCGACAAAGGAUACCCCCGCCAGCUCGACUAUGAAAACCACCUCCGCUCCUAUGACCACAAUCACCGCCAGCGUCUCGCCGACAUGAAGAAACUGACGGCCUCCAACGACAACGAAAGCAGCAACAAGCCCAAGCAAGGCCUCGAUAUGCGCAGUAUAGACGUUGAGAAUGCGAACAAGAAGCCGGGAGUAGGGAGUCGAUUUACCAAGAUUGGGGGUGCGGGCGGAGCAGCCGCGGCGGGAAGCAGGUUCAAGAAGGUGGGCGUGGCAGUUGGUGCGAAAGAAGGGGGAAAUGAGAGUGUAGAGGCAAAGAAAGUGGAGGACAGUGUGAAGGUUGAGGAGAAGAAGCAAGAGCCUGUUGCUGCUACUACCACUACAACAACAACUAUCCCCGUGCCCCAAGCGGAUGCCAAGGAGGAUACCGCCAUGGUUGAGGGCACUGGAGAAAGCAUCACGUGGGAAGAGUACGAUUUCACAAAACCAACUGGAUGCGAUCACAGGAGUUGUCCUGGCUGCAAGACAGACGGCAUCUGGAGCGGCGAAUGGGUUGCUGUUGGCGGCUCAUGA